CCCGUCGUGUUUUGAAACAGUGAGACUACGUUCUAAUUUCUAAGUAAUCAUCUGGCCUUUUUCAACCUUCCGAGGAAAGUGUCAUUGUCUUGGAUCUCCGCUCCAUGCGCUCACACAGGGUUUGCAAGGUGUGUGUGACCUUUCCCCCUAUCCCCUGUGACCUCUGAUCCCUGACCAACCCUUGCCCUGCCUGAAGCCCGAGUGUGAUCCAUGGCACUGGAGAAACUGCUGGAUUUUGGGAAGCAGCUGCUGAGGGUGAAGGUGGUGAGAUGCAACGCAGAGGAAUCCCGUCUGUCCAGAUGCCUCAAUACCUUUGACCUGGUCGCCCUGGGCGUGGGCAGCACGCUGGGCGCUGGUGUCUAUGUGCUUGCUGGUGCUGUUGCGCGACAGAAUGCAGGUCCUGCCAUCGUGCUCUCUUUCCUGAUUGCAGCCUUAGCUUCAGUGCUGGCUGGUCUGUGUUAUGCUGAGUUUGGCGCACGUGUUCCCAAGACAGGUUCAGCCUAUCUGUACUCCUAUGUUACCGUCGGUGAACUGUGGGCCUUCAUCACUGGAUGGAACCUGAUCCUGUCUUACAUCAUAGGCACUGCCAGUGUAUCCCGUGCAUGGAGUGCUACAUUUGACGAGCUGAUAGGGAAGCACAUAGAGCAUUUCUGCAGAGAGUAUAUGUCCAUGAAAGCACCGGGUAUAUUGGCGGAAUACCCCGACAUGUUUGCUGUUGUCAUUAUAAUCACCCUCACAGGUCUACUGGCAUUUGGAGUGAAAGAGUCAGCGAUGGUGAACAAGGUGUUUACGUGCAUCAACAUCCUCGUGUUGUUGUUCAUGGUGGUCUCUGGCCUGGUUAAAGGCACUCUGAAGAACUGGCAGAUAGACCCUGAACAGAUUCUGUAUGCCAACAGCACCAAUACUUCCAGCUUCAAUAUAACGGAGUACCUGCCAACUAAGGAGAGUCUGGGAGUGGGCGGGUUCAUGCCGUUUGGUUUCACAGGCGUCCUGUCAGGCGCUGCCACCUGUUUCUAUGCCUUUGUGGGAUUUGACUGCAUCGCCACCACAGGUGAAGAAGUGAAGAACCCGCAGAGAGCCAUCCCCAUCGGCAUCGUGGCCUCCCUGCUCAUCUGUUUUGUGGCGUAUUUUGGCGUUUCUGCUGCCCUCACCCUGAUGAUGCCAUACUACCUUUUGGACAGCAACAGCCCUCUGCCUGUAGCUUUCAGAUAUGUAGGCUGGGGAGGAGCCAAGUAUGCUGUGGCUGUAGGCUCCCUUUGCGCUCUGUCUACUAGUCUAUUGGGUUCCAUGUUCCCCCUACCCCGUAUCAUCUUUGCCAUGGCACGGGAUGGCCUGCUCUUCUCUUUCCUGGCCCGCAUCAGCAAGAGGAAGGCCCCCAUAACCUCCACUGUCGCCGCUGGGGUUAUGUCUGCUGUUAUGGCCUUUCUAUUUGACCUGAAGGACCUGGUAGACUUGAUGUCAAUAGGGACUCUGCUGGCUUAUACAUUAGUGGCUGCCUGCGUCCUGGUGCUCAGGUACCAGCCUGAGCAGCCCAGUCUGGCCUAUGAGAUGGCAAAUACCCAGGAGGAGGCGGAGCUUGGCGAUGGCAUCAGUGUCCCCAGUAUGGGCAUCUUGCCUGGCGUGGAGGAGAGGUUCAGCCUCCAGACCCUCCUGUUCCCAGACAACCCUGAGCCGUCCACGCUGUCAGGCUUCAUUGUCAACAUCUGUGCAUCUGUCAUGGGCCUGUUGAUCCUGGUAUUCAGUGUUCUGGCAGUGCAGGGAGGCUCUGCAUUGUGGAACGUAGCUGUUCUCGUUAUAAUCUUCAUGGUGUGUCUGCUCCUUACUUUCAUCAUCUGGAGACAGCCUGAGAGCAAAACCAAGCUCUCCUUUAAGGUUCCUCUGCUGCCCUUCAUUCCAGUGAUCAGCAUGUUCGUCAACGUCUACCUGAUGAUGCAGCUGGACAGAGGCACUUGGACGCGAUUUUCAGUCUGGAUGGUCAUUGGUUUAGUGAUCUACUUCUGCUAUGGUAUUCACCACAGUGCCGAGGCAGCUCUCUCCCGCUCCUCUCCAGAUACAGUUGCCGACUUCAAGCCCUCACGCAGCCGUGACAGAGAGGCCAUGUCACCAGAAAAGGAGGCCUUCCUCCAAAAUGGCCUGGAGGCCAAGGAUGAUAAUGAUGGCGAUUUUUAGGAGCCAUUAAAACCUUGCCCGACCCUGGUCUGUAUCAAUUAUUUUUGACAGGAUCCAACCUGCACUCCCACCAGCUCUUCGGUGUUUUCCCCUUCGGUUGCUAGGUAGAAUAUUGUCAACUGGUGGCAAUACCCACACACUGAUAUUAAUUGUGAAAACAUAAUUGACAUCUUCCAGUAUUUUAGUAUUGUCUAAUGAGCUCCUCACCUCAUGCUUGGCAUUGAGUCCUCUUUAUCACCUGGCCGUAUCUGAAGGGUGGGAUUAUGUUGGAGGGCAUGAUAUGUCAUUUUUAUGCCAUGAUGGGUCUUGGUUGCCAAUUUAGGGAGAGGCUGAGUUGCACUGAUGGUAGUAGUAUGAUGUGCUUAUGCAGUACCAGCUUUUAUCUGGCGGCCAGAAAAUUCACUACCAAUAAUUAACAUAUGAGUAUAAUUUUUUUUCAUUAA